GUAAACUCUAGGUCAGUGGAUACAUUAAGGGACAGUGGAUAAACGAAUGGACAGUGGAUAAAAGAAGGGUCGGACAAUGGAUUAAAAGCCAGUGACAAGUGGUCAGUGGCUACACUAAUGGACAGUGCUGAAUUCGUUGCAAACAGAUGCACUGGAUAGACAAGAGAAGGAUAUUUGUUUGGAAUCAUUUUCUAACAGUUGCAGACUUGUGUGGAAUAAUGACACGUUUCUAACAGUUGCAGACUUGUGUGGGAAAAUGUUGGAGAUUCGGAAAGUUUAGGAUGUGAUACUUGAUUAAAAAUGUGUAUUCGUUUGAAUAUUCCAGUACAUUUUUGUUGCAAAUUUUCGAAUUGAAGGAAAUGAACGGUGUGAAGACAAGCUUACAGUUUUAUUGUCUUACUUCCUUCAAAGUUGGCUCAUUGUCUGUCGACCUAUUAGAUCUGGUCUGGCCAGUUUUAGAUCCCUGAGAACUCCUUCGUAAUUAACCGGCUUCUAAGUAUGACUGUUUUGAGCUUAUACUAAAGCUUCUUAAUAUUUUGGACUAGAUGAAGAUACUUUACAUUGUGAUUUUUCAAUUCCAAAUGGUACUGACUCUAGCUAGGUCCACUAGUUUGGUCAGCAGCAAGGCGAUUCUAAGAGGGUGCUAGGGGGGCGUCUGCCCCAUGGCUGUGUGGGCUCAAUGAUCUGGGACCGGUUACGUAAGUUAUGGCCGUCUUGGGCAGAUCGCAUCUCACACAAGAAGAAAUCAAGCACCAACUCAGGCUGUCGGUGGACGAGUCAGAAGGUCGGCUCCCUGCACAGCCAACUCAUUUUAAUCGCCAGUCGGCGCCCCUCAGACAACCUGCACCCUUCAGAGAACCCGCGCCCCUCAGACAACCUGCACCCUUCAGAGAACCCACGCCCCUCAGACAACCUGCACCCUUCAGAGAACCCGCGCCCCUCAGACAACCUGCACCCUUCAGAGAACCCGCGCCCCUCAGACAUGGACAGACAACGGUCUCACCGUAGAUCGUCUUUUCGCAUGAGAAUCAGCCGGCGCAUGCGCGCAGAGUUCACGCCAAUACCGCAACAUGAGAGCGACUCAGACGUCGGCCGAGAGCCGCACCAGGGUGAGGGGAGGAGGGGGGGCGCCGUGAAAAAAGAUGGCGUUAAAAAAAAGGAAGACUCUCAUAGCGGUCAUAAAGAUGGCGGCCAUGAUGCAGGAAGUGACGUGAGCAGAAAAAGCGAUGUGCUGGUUACAGAGAACUUCACUGACCUGAACGUGGAGCUGGACGAUGACCUGGGCAAAGGGUUCCGGCACAAACGUAGAAGUUUCGGCAGCGAGAGCGAGAAGAGGCGGGGCGAGAGGUUCCAGCGUCGGGAGAUCGAGAAGAGAGUCACGCUGGACGAGAGCGACGGGCUGGACUCCAGUAGUCAGGACUCGCACGUCUGCGACCUCAACUGUCCACUGGUCAAUCUCGGACAGUGCCCCAAUGCACAGGCCUCCAGGCUCAAGGCUCCAAGAAGGUCCAGUUUGACGUCAUCGUCGUCUUUGAAUAAAAAUGGCCCCCACGGGCGCCGCCUGCGCCCACUGGCAUCUCUAAGCAUUGAUGACGUGUCGUCAGGUGACCCUGUCGCAGGUCCACAGGUCAGGAGCCCGGGACUGCUCAGCACAGCCUCCAUGUGGAGCACAAGUGACCUUCACCUUGCGGGCUUGGCACAAGCUCAAACAGCGGAUGCAGCGUCACAUGGCGGCACCAACAGUCUGUCUAAUGUUAGCGGGAGCUUCAGUGAGCGCAUGCAUGAGCUCGUCCGCGCCUUUUCCAGCCGCACCCAGAGAGCUAAGGAGAAAAUCUCGCAGCCCCCCACCCCGUCUUCGGAGUCAGACCUAGACGCCAAGUCUGUAGUCUCUGGCGGCGAGCAGGCCCCGCGGAACAUCCGGCUCGGAUCCUUCCUGCCCAUGGGGUCGAGGACAAGCGACGCGUUCUCUGACGAGAAUCACGACCACUUUGUCGGCGUCUGGCACUGCAAGUUCAAGACUCCCAAGUUCCUAAAGCGGCUCCGAUUUCCUGCGACAAUCGAACCUCACAGUAAAACAUAUGUCACGUGGCUCUUUUUCGUGGCCUUGGCCUUCAUGUACAACGCCGUGGUGAUCCCCCUGCGUGGGGUCUUCCCCUACCAAACCGACGACAAUGUCCGCUACUGGCUCAUCGCUGACUACAUAUGUGAUUUCAUCUAUCUCAUCGACAUUUGUCUUUUCAAAGUUAGACUUCGUUUCGCUAAUGACGGGAUCGUUGAGACUAAUAGAGCAGCGAUCAGACAGCAUUACAUGAAGAAAUGGAUGUUUAAGUUUGACAUCAUGUCAUUGAUGCCACUUGAUCUGUUCUAUUUGAUCCAAGAUGUUGGUGUCAACUCCUGGCUCAGAUUGCCACGAAUGUUAAAGAUCCAAACCUACUGGGAGUUCUAUGAACGCUGUGACCAGGCUUCAAGGUCCUCCGCUCACGCAAUCAGGAUCGUGAAGACUAUGGCCUACAUGUUGUUUCUCAUUCACAUCGAGACGUGCGGCUACUACGCCAUGUCCGUUCACGAGGGCAUCGGAUCCAACGAGUGGGUUUAUAACGGCAAAGGCAUCGCGUAUAUUCGCUGUUUUUAUUUGGCUACGAAAACAGCCACGUCGAUUGGAAACAACCCGACUCCACAAAACAUUAAGGAAUAUCUCUUCAUGACCGUCUACUGGCUCUCUGGGGUCUUUGUUUUUGCUUUACUCAUCGGCCAGAUAGGUCAUUGGUCCAUCCAUCAGAUCCGAGAUAUCGUUGAGGCAGCAGGGAUGGUCAAGGACAACUACCGCAAGAAGAUGGACUCGUGCCUGUGGUACAUGCAGUCAAUCAACCUGCCACAGGAGAUGAAGGACAAGGUCAGGGAGUGGUUUCUCUACAACUGGAAUCAGCAAAAGACGAUCGAUGAGAGGUCACUUGUGGUUUCCCUGCCCAAGAAGCUCCAGACUGACCUGGCAAUAAACGUCCACUUCAACACACUCAGCAAGGUCCAGCUGUUCCAGGACUGUGAGAGAAAUCUUUUGUACGACCUCGUCCUCAAGCUCAAGCCCAUUCUCUACCUGCCUGGCGAUUACAUCUGUCAGAAGGGCGAGGUUGGGAAGGAGAUGUACAUCGUCACACAAGGGCAGGUGGAGGUGGUGGGCGGGGAGAACAACAGCACAGUCCUGGCCACACUACAUGAGGGCAGCGUCUUCGGGGAGAUCAGCUUGCUAGCGAUGUCUGGGCGCGGCAACAGACGGACGGCAGACGUCAGAUGUAAAGGCUACACCAAUGUCUUCACACUCUCUAAGCACGACUUCGAGAUGGCUAUGACCGAGUACCCAGACGCUCAAGCAGUGUUGAAGAAACGUGCCAAGAAGCUAUUAAAAGCCAACGCUAAAAUGGAAAAGAAACACAAGAAAGUUGAAGCCGAAGAAAUCAUCAAAACUUCCCCAGAAACUCCCAAAUUGCUACAGACGGUCAUUCAAGUAAUGGAUCCCGACUCGAAUCUCGUCAAACAUCUGACACCCAGCACACAGCCAAGCCAAAGAAAAAGACCACAUUCUCGGUCUCACAGUCAUCGUCUGAGCCCCAGCACCUCUAAUUUAAACCAUCUGACGCCACCGAGGUCUCUCAGCUAUCGUCUGGCCAACAGAGCGCCAACGGACGGGGUCAACAACCUGACGCAUGAUGGAUACGACACGGAUGAAGACAACGACGAUCCUUUGGUCUACGACAGCUCGGAUGAUGUUUCCUUGUCUGAAGUUCUUCAUGACGCCGGCGCCAUUAGCAGCUUUGAGGAUGACGAAAGCAACGCUGAGGAUCAACCCAGACAGGAUCUGCGCAGAAAAAAAUCGUCGGACUAUUUUUGGAGUGACACCGUCCAAGAGCAGUUGAACGAUACCGGAAGUUGUCAAUUAUUAGAAGGUCAACUAGUUCCCAGUGAAGUCAGCAAUGAUGCAGAUGUACCUGGAAAACCGAGAAAUGAUUCUUCCAGCUCUACAGCGAACAAGGAAAAUAGUGAAAGGGCUGCAGGUGGUGAUCUAUCAAGUGCCACAAGAUGUCUACUGAGUGAGAAUGCCACAGAGAAGAGCAUGCCGGGAGCAAAUGGUGUCAGCACACGAAUGGAGAAGUUGGCACCUCCGCCCCUCAUCUUGAGCUCUACACCUCUGCAGGAGAUUUCUCAAUGUGACGGGAGACAACGCAAACUUUCUGUCGUCUCCCUCCCCCCAGCCUCACCACGGGACAGCCCACAGUGGGUCACCACAAGCUUCAUUGGCCAUCGGUCAAAUGGCUCCAAUCCAAUCCCCCACUGCACAGUUGAAGCAGUGAAAUCCAUGCCACCCAUUGAAACCACAAGAAGCAUCUGGGGUAACUCUCUGACCAAUGGCCUAGAGGGGUGCUGUGGGGCUGGGCCACUGAUGGAGAUCCCUGCUGAAAAUAGGAUCACAUGUGCUGUGGAGGUACACAGACAAAAAACUUUUAAUAGCAGUACAUCAGAUGCUGUAACAAUCACAGAUAUCCAUGGUCACACAGAGACUAUGUUGUAAGACACCAUCAGAUCAUGUUAUAGCCCACACAUCAUUUUGUUUAUUGUCUGUUAUUGUUAGUUGUUUUUUUUUUUUGUUACUGUUGAGCACUAUCAGUUGGAUAGAUUUGAACCCAGUGAGAAACUAUUGUAGCAUAAAUCUUCUAUGUUGCACAAAAUAAUAAGUUACCACUACAACCACCUUUAAAAAAUUCUGUAUUGUUUUGUCUUUAAUAUUUAGAUAAGCGCUUAAUUUAAGGUACGUGAGUAACAUAUUUAAGUUUUAAAAAAUUCAGCUGAUUAAAUUAAGCAGACACGCCCAUAUUCAAAAACAACUUGUGCUAAUUUAAGAAAAAGCAGACAUACACACCAACUAAAAGUGUUGCUUUAAUUAGUCCAAACUGGCGAAAAAGUGCGUUUGGGGUCAUUUUUUGCGGUUUUCAAAAAAAAAUAAUUCACUACUUCUAGUUGUGAUAUAAGAAUAAAAAAUUAUAUGUAAAUAAAGUUAAA